UUUAUUUUAUUUAUUUAUUUAUUUAUUUAUUUUUUUUAAAUACUACAUUUCAUUAGUACGAGUUUUAAAUGUCUCUCUUCGCCGACGUUCUCGAACUUGUGCGCUAUAUCCUCGAGUAUUUUGGAGUUCCAGCGGACGUGAUGGCGCCCGUUUGGGAAAACGGGCUGUGCGGACAGUACCGCAGCCUCGUCCGCAUGAUUGGGACCAAGCUGCCCUUGACCCCCUGUCCGCGAGUCCACUUUCAGGUCCCUCUUUUGACACCCCGGUGGCAUGAUGGUGAGGAAAGUCCUGAUAAGGGUCCUGCUGUUCCAUCCUUUGCAGAUGUCAUGUGGGUUUCGACUAAUGACAGUGAACCGUUUGCAAAGUUGAGGAACUGCAUCCGUCGUCCCGGAAGUGGCGGGGCUCACGAGCGUCCCAUGGCCCUUGCCCUGAGGACGCGGCUGGAGAACAUCGAGGAGCACAGUAACAUCGCAGCUCUCAAGAAGAUCACAGCCCUUGAGGAUGAGCUGCUACGGCUGCGUGCCCAGAUCGCCAAGAUAGUUAGUUCGUCACCAGGUCCAGUCCCUCCCCAGAACAAUCUGGAGUCUCCAGAAAGACCUUUGACUUCUCCGCUCUUCACCUCCACUCCACACUGCCCACUGCCCCCUCCCCCAGCACCUCCUCUUCCUCCCCCUCUUCCUGUCUGUGGAACCACACACGCCACAUCAAGGGAUCUGCCCACUCAGUGUUGCCCAGAGGUCCCAGAGCGCCCCCAGCAGGUGGCAGAGUCAAAGUGUGGGAAAGCGCCUAGAAUGAUGGAGGUGCUAAAGGAGCUGAACCAGGUCAAACUCCGUGCAGUGGACAGGUCACCCGGAGGGACUCCCGUGAGGAAGGUGAGGACAAAGGAACCAGCGCCAUCCUCAGACCCAGCUGCAAUCAUAGCUGAGGCUCUCAAGAGGAAGUUUGCACACCGGCGUCAGGACGACUCCUUCGACAAGGAGAAUCGCUCCUUUGAGUCGUCCCCGUUCGGAAGCCCAGAGGUUCCUAGUGUUGCUCACCAUGUCAGGCGUGAGCAGGGAAGAUUACACCUGUGAUCCAGGUCAGCCAUCAGCCAAUCACAAAGAGGGCUCGGCUCUUCGGCGUCUCUGCUCCUCUGUCUCGUCGAUGUGAGGACAACCGCUAGCGUGAAAUCACUUUCCCUGCUAAUGUUCGCUGUUAAUUUUAUUCAAACACACUGAGGAAUGUACUCCCACUUUUAUUUUCUUCCCUAGAGAGAAUAAAAGAACAUGUGGUUUGCGAAGAGAGAAUUGGAAAUUUCCUGUUAAUUAUGUCCGCACUCCGACUGGACUGUAAUGUAGCUGCAGACGGGGAAGGUUAAAAUCCUGGUGUGCAGUCGGAGCAGUCUGUCACACUCAGGUUCUCAGUGGGGGUCCCUCCUCUGGGGUGGGAGCUCUCACUCUCACCUGUCCUGCCAGGUGUGUCCUCCUGAGGAUCAUUCAGCAGGUUUCUUGUUGUUCCAAAGCAGCGAGGCUAAUGUGUUGCUGCCAGAGGGAAUUCUGGGUAGUGUGUGGCCCACAUACUUGCUGUAAAUUUUGUAUCUAUCAAUGAUGUUCAUUUUCCUGUCUGGGAGGGAUGUGCAUGAGGAAGAGCAACAAGACAACGAACAAUAUGCUCCAUGUGUGUAAUUUGUAAAUAUUA